AUGAUUGCCGGAGGCAGUCUUCACCUGGCGGCCCCACCAACAUCAGCCGGCUUCCUCCACUACCCACCACAGUCAGUCUGCUGCACGCUGACAAAACAAGGCCAGCGGUUUCUCUCCUCCCUCGCCGCCGCAGAAGAGCCUUCCACCGCUGCCAGCUUACUCCGGAAAUUCGCCACCUCAUCGUCAAAGCACGUGGCCCUCACCACGCUCUCCCAUCUUCUCUCCACCUCCGACCCCUGUCCCCGUCUCUCCUCCGUCGCGUUUCCAUUGUUUGCAGCGAUCAAGCAAGAAUCGUGGUUUAGCUGGAAUGCAAAGCUGGUGGCAGAUGUGAUUGCUUUCCUGUACAAGGAAGAGAGGUUUGAAGAGGCAGAAAAUCUGUUUGGUGAGACAAUUUUGAAGUUGGGGUUAAAAGAGAGGGAUCUGUGUGCAUUCUACUGUAAUUUAAUGGAUUCUAAUGCUAAGCAUAAGUCAGAGAGGGGGUUUGCAGAUUCUUGUAGAGAGUUGAGGAAGUUGAUGAUGCAAUCGGGUGGCGUUUACACGAAGCAGAGAGGGUAUUCAGCCAUGGCUGCCGGGUUUUGUCAGAUGGGGUAUCCUGAGAAGGCUGAGAAUGUGGUGCAAGAAAUGGUGGGAAAUGGGGUGAGAGUGAUGGCUUUUGAGCUGAGAUCGCUGGUGUACGGAUAUGGGCAGAAGGGGCUUCUUGAAGAUAUGAAGAGGAGCAUAGUUUGGAUGGAAAACAAAGGGUUUGGAUUGGAUACGGUGUGUUGUAACAUGGUGUUAUCGUCAUUUGGAGCACAUGGAGAGAUUCAAGAAAUGGUUUCAUGGCUGAAGAAGAUGAAGGGGUUAGGCGUAGAGUUAUCAGUUAGAACAUACAAUUCGGUUCUAAAUUGGUGUCCCACCAUCAUGUUCCUGCUCAAAGAUAUCAAGAGUGCACCUCUAUCGAUUGAUGGACUGGUAGAUGGUUUGAAAGGAGAUGAAGCCAGUUUGGUGCUGGAGUUGUUGAACUCGACUGUUCUUGAUCAGGUGAUGGACUGUAGCCAGUCACAGUUGAAGCUGGAUUUGCAUGGAAUGCAUGUGAGCACGACGUAUUUCGUUCUGCUGCAGUGGUUUCAUGAGCUGAAGCUGAGGUUGGUUGCUGGGGAUUGCAUGAUUCCUGCUGAGAUUCUGGUGGUUUCUGGCCAUGGGAAGCACAGCUCUGCAAGAGGAGAAUCGCCUGUAAGAGGUUUAGCGAAAGAAAUUUUUAUGAGGACAAAAUGCCCACUGAGGAUUGAUAGGAAGAAUAUUGGAUGUUUCAUUGGCAAAGGAAAAGCAUUUAAGGACUGGUUGCUUCAUAUAUUGUGACAAAAUCCUUUAAUCAAGUUAAUGUAAUUUUCCCUUAUUAAUAAAAAUUUCAUAGUUACUUCAA